UAAUUGGGUGUUCACUAUGUUGCUCUAGGUUUUUGUUUGACUGUUUUCCAGAACGUCUAUGAGGUUUUAUAGCAAGAUUCUGUUUUUUUCCUUAUGUUUCCAUGAGAGAAUUCAGCACUUCCUACCUCACCAUUUAGGUGACAUUAAUCUACAUGUUAAAUUUUAAUUGGCUUCACAACAUUCCCUUGUAUCAAUGUUUCACGAUUUCCCUAACUCCUCCCAAUUUUAUUAUAAUUUAACUUGUUUACAGAUUUUUCUUUUAUGGAUAAUGUUGAGCAAGAUAAUAAAUUAUAUAAAGUAUCAUUUACAUCAUGACAAUUUUCAGAAGUUCUCUAACUAGGUAAAAUGUAUGAACAAAGAUUCUGCUUGCAUACAGCACACAGUAAAAACUAUUAAUAAUUAACCUCCCAUAAGCACUUUGCUAGAAUGUCUGAUUUUGGUAUCAUUUUCAGGAUUUCACCCCCAUCCGUAAGCAAAAUAAUUUUGCUGGUGGGAAAUGUCAAAAGGCAAAUUUAUUUUCAUUUGAUGUUUUCAUUCUUUAUUAAGUGCUGACAUUUUGAAAAAUGCUUAUUAGUCACUCCUUUAAGUUGUGUGAUUGUGUGUGUGUGUGUGUGUGUGUGUGCUGUAAUAUAGUUAAUUGUUUCAACUGACGUUUGGUCAAGAUUGGGCUUCAUAAUUAGAAAAACCAAAAAGAUUGGUAUGUGGAGGUUUCUAGUCUUAACAUAUGGUCAAUAAUUGCUCAGCAAAUCCCAUGCAAUAAUUUACAGUAAUGUAAGUGGAUCCAGAAUUGUAAAUUUACUUAUUAAAAAUAUGAGGUAAAAUAUUUCCAAGCAAUUAGUGAUUUAUUAAUCAUUAUACAAUACUUAAUAUUAUUCUGAUAAAAAACCCAAACAAGUUAAUUGCCUUCAAAUAUUCCUUGCUCCAUGGCUACUGAUUUAAUCAUGCUCCUCCUGCAAUAUUUCUGCUAACAUUGGUCAGUACAGUUGGGGUGUUACCUUCCUGUUAUUCACAGCCUGUGAGGGCAGAAGAAAAAAUCAGAGUCUGCUUAGUCAGAGGAGCAACAGGCAAUGGACCCCAAAUGCCAGUGUCUGGAACUUAAUGAUGGCCACUUCGUUCCCAUUCUGGGAUUUGGAACCUAUGCCCCUGAGGAGGUUCCUAAAAGUGAAGCCCUGGAGGUCACCAAAUUUGCUAUUGAUGUUGGGUUCCGCCAUAUUGACUGUGCUCAUUUGUACCAAAAUGAAGAGCAGGUUGGACAGGCCAUUCGCAGCAAGAUUGCAGAUGGCACUGUGAAGAGAGAAGACAUAUUCUACACUUCAAAGCUUUGGUCCACUUUCCUUCGACCAGAGUUCGUUCAACCAGCCUUGGAAAAGUCACUGAAAAAUCUUCAACUGGAUUAUGUUGAUCUCUAUAUUAUUCAUUUUCCAGCGGCUCUGAAGCCAGGGGAGGAACUUUUUCCCAAAGAUGAAAAUGGAAAAAUGAUAUUUGACACUGUGGAUCUCUGUCGCACUUGGGAGGCCCUGGAGAAGUGUAAGGACGCAGGACUAGCCAAGUCCAUCGGGGUGUCCAACUUUAACCGCAAACAGCUGGAGAAGAUCCUGAACAAGCCGGGGCUCAAGUACAAGCCCGUCUGCAACCAGGUGGAAUGUCAUCCUUAUCUCAAUCAGAGCAAACUGUUGGACUUCUGCAAGUCAAACGAUAUUGUUCUUGUUGCCUAUGGUGCUCUGGGAUCCCAACGAUUAAAAGAUUGGGUGAACCCGAGCUACCCAGUUCUCUUGGAGGACCCAGUUCUUUGUGCCAUUGCAAAAAAACACAAGCAAACCCCAGCACUGAUUGCCCUUCGCUACCAGAUGCAACGUGGGGUUGUGGUCCUGGCCAAGAGUUACAAUAAGAAGCGGAUCAAAGAGAACAUGCAGGUUCUCGAUUUUGAAUUAACUCCAGAAGACAUGAAAGCAAUUGAUGGUCUCAACAGUAAUGUACGAUAUUAUGAUUUACUCUUCAUUUCUGAUCACCCUGACUAUCCAUAUUCUGAAGAAUAUUGAUUAUGAGUGAUCCACCAUGGUUGUAUCAGAAUUGAUUGAUUCUAGGGGUGUGGAGAGAAUUGCUAUAAUCAUUGGAGCUAAUUAAAAUCUGUGUCUCUA